AUCUUUUGGUCUCGUCACUUUCAUACUCCCUUCCCUCUCCAAAGCAAGCAGCCAAGAAGAAGAGGAAUAAUUAAAAAGGCAAGUCGGAGCGAGGCAGCAGCUACCUAAAUAGGAGGAGGCCGGGAAGAAGCCGGUGGAGAGUGGAGACUACACGAGGAGAAGGGAGCAGGGAGGUGAUUGAGGCCCGGUUAGCGCGCGUCCGCGCGCGGCACCAACUGAGCAGAAAACUUCGUCCCACGGAAAGGAAGAGAAACCGUCACCUGACCGUCCGUCUUCUCAAUCUUUCCUUUGGUUGGAUUGUUUCGGAUCUCUCUAGCUCCCAGGAAGAAAGAGAUCACCCGAUGGCCUCCUCUUCGGCGUCGUCGCUGCCAGGCUCCGUGAUCACCGUGGCCUCGUCCGCAGCCGCUGCCGCGCUCUCCGGCGGCUCUGCCGGGGCCGGGGCCGGGGCGACGGGCUCGCCGUGCGCGGCGUGCAAGUUCCUGCGGCGCAAGUGCCAGCCGGACUGCGUGUUCGCGCCCUACUUCCCGCCGGACAACCCACAGAAGUUCGUGCACGUGCACCGCGUCUUCGGCGCCAGCAACGUGACGAAGCUGCUGCACGAGCUGAGCCCGUUCCAGCGGGAGGACGCCGUGAACUCGCUCGCCUACGAGGCCGACAUGCGCCUCCGCGACCCCGUCUACGGCUGCGUCGGCGUCAUCUCCGUGCUCCAGCACCAGCUCCGCCAGCUCCAACAGGACCUCUCCCGCGCCCGCUUCGAGCUCGCCAAGUACCAGCAGCAGGCUGCCGCGGCUGCUGCUGCCGCGGCAGAUUUCGGCGGUAGCGCCAACAAUAACUGCACGCAGAACUUCAUCAACAUCAGCCACCACCACUCCACCACGGCGAUCGGCGCGGGUGUUGUUGGAGUUGGUGGUGGGUUCGGCCACGGCCACGACCAGUUUGCCGCAGUGCAGAUGCUGGCCAGGAGCUACGAAGGGGACAGCGGCGCGAUCGCCAGGCUCAGCGUUAAUGGCGGCAGCGGCUACGACUUCGGGUACUCAUCGGCCAUGGGCGGCGUCGGUGGGCCGGUGUCCGGCCUCGGGCCGUUCUUGAAACCGGGCACGGCCGGCGGGGACGAGCGGCACACCGCCGCCCAGUAGACAUCGAUCUUUAGCAGCAGGCAACUGACUCGAGGAUGAGCCACAAAGAACUGAAGACUAAACCGGUGAAAGAUCCUGAAGAUCGUUGAAGUACUGGCUUCUCCAUUUUAAUUACGUGCAGAAGAAAGGGAGUUCUUGAAUUAAUUGGCACUGCUUGUUUGAUUUGUUGAUGCCUUAUCUCUUUUGUUCAAUCCAUAAAAACCGAACCAUAUAUGUAUCCUCAUUCCCCAGCAGCUAGUGUGUCUGUGUGUGUGUGUGGUUUGCUGCAUUAUGAUCUACUUGAGCUGCUUUCUUGUCCCUUGUUUUAUCAAAUUUAUAUGGAGGUAGUGUUGCAAAUGUACGUGGACAAAACAUUGAAACUGCUAAUCAAGUUUUACUGGACUUUACCUUGACAAA